CGAGGUAAGGAUUCGUUCCAAACUUGGUGUCUGGGCUUCUCCGUAAGCAACGGGGGCCCAUUGCUGUAAUUUGAGAGGAGAAGAGAGAGAGAGAUCCUACGGCCAAAAGCUGAACUCCCGCGUUAGCAGCACCAAUCCAGAUGUAGAAUGAAGGGGGGGAAAGUAGCCCAAAGCCGUUGCAGCAGCUCCGGGCAGGUCUCACUCAAAUCUGGACGCCAACACGCCCUCUCUUUCUCCCUCCCCUCCCCGUUUUUAACUUGGGAGUUUCCCAACGCGCGUGGAGACAGGAGAAAGGAAAACGUGGUUAAGGAAAAGUUGGUGGGAAAGAAGCCAGAGGCUCCUCCUUUUAAGGUUUGUUGAUCUCUCCCACCCCCACCCUGACAACCACCCCCUUCCCGGGGAAAAAAAAAAACCCCGAAGUUCUCGCGGGCAAAUCGGGUGCGAGAAGGGCCAAGCGACGGCUUUCCAGCGGGUCCCAAUGAAGCCUUGCAAGAAAGGCGGCCACAACCGGAGGACUUGAAAGUUAGGCGCGAUCUUUGCCCUCCUCCACUUCGGGACGCUUAGGGUGCCGGGGCAGCUUCCCUCCCCCCCCCCCCGCCCCCGGGAUGCUGCUGGGGCUCCUCUCGGUGUGGCUGCUGAGCUGUUCGAUCAGCUUGUGCCACGGCUAUUUCGACGGCCCGCUUUAUCCGGAGAUGUCCAACGGGACGUUGCAUCACUAUUUCGUGCCCGACGGGGACUACGAGGAGAACGACGACCCGGAGAAGUGUCAGUUGCUGUUCAGGGUGAGCGACCGCCUGCGCUGCACAGCGGACGGGCAGGGUGAACGCUCGCAUCCCGCGGCGGCGGCAGCGGCGGCGGCGGCGGCGACACCCGCUCUGACGCUGCGCGAGGAAUUCACCCUCCUGGGCCGGCAGGUGGAGGACACGGCGCGCGUGCUGGAAGGCAUCCAGAAGAGCAUCGCCUACGACCUGGACGGCGAGGAAAGCUACGGCAACUACCUGCGCAGGGAAUCGGCGCAGAUCGGGGACGCCUACGCCAACUCGGAGAAGUCGCUGGGGGAGCUGGAAAACAAGUUCCGGCAGGGCCAGGAGCACGAGAGCCACGAGGAGAGCCGCCUCAACGACGACUUCCUGGGAAUGCUGGUGCAUGCGCGGGCGCUCCUCAAGGAGACGCUGACCGUCUCGGCCGGCCUGCGGGACAAAUACGAGCUGCUUGCGCUCACCGUCCGGAGUCACGGCGCCCGCCUCAGCCGCCUCAAGACAGAGUAUCUCAAGGGCUGAGCGGGAGCGGGCGCCUCGCUGGGCUUCGAGCGAUCCUCUCUUUCCCCACCCCCAUUCCACCCUCAGUGGCCGGCCACGCCGGCGGGACUCUUGCCGGCCACGCUUUCCCCACGGACGGACGGACGGACGGACUUUCCUCCGUCGCAUGCCCACCACCGACCCUCGCUACUGUACCUCAGUGCAGAUUGUUUGCAAUUUUUUUCACCUUGAAAGAGCACAAUAAAGGGCCUGCCUUUAGGUGGCGCGAAAGACAGAUCAGACGACAAAUCGACAGUUAAUUGUUUCCCAUUUGGGGGAUGGGGGCGCUAUUUUUGCUAGGUACCCAAAAAAAAAUAUACAGAAGAGUUGUCAUCCACCUAUUUUUUAAGUUCGUUUUUUAGCUUUCUGACAGAUGGAAAUUCGAGUUAUUGAGGAGUGGGGGGUUGUCUAUGUCAGAAAGAAAAAAAAAAGCGUUUGUGGGAUUCCAACUGGCAAAACGUUGAAAGGCACACGAGCUUGCUUUAUUGCAUUCAUCCGCAUUCUUUUAGCAUAAUGUAUCUGAAAUAGAGGGAACAAAUAAAGUGACCAUUGGCACAAUCUAUGUAUUAACUCAUUGGGAUGGCUUCUUCACCUAUAGUUAGGUUGCAGGUUUUGAUUCAAUUACUUGGAAGUAAGCUCUAUUGAGUAAAAAAAAGUCUGGAUUUGGAGUCAGUAUUUAUAAGUUGCUGUGAUUAAAGGCUUUGAAGAUAAUUCCUUUUAAUUCCUUGGUUUUAGUGAGUUCAAAGAAGUAUAUUCAAUGGUAUAGUCAAACAUCUCAGUUCCGGAGGAUGAGAGUAUCUGCUAUGUUGCAAGAGUUUUAUAAUCUAUUGGUCACAAUUCAGCAUUGUUAUAUACAUUUAAGCCUACUGAUCUAUUGUUUUAUGGAAUGUGUUGUAUAACCUUGGAAGGAAAUGUUAUAGACAGGAGAUGCUAAAUUACAAGUUUGGAACCUUGUCCUCUAGUUCUUUCAGAUGAAAUCUUUUGAACUUCCAUGGUGAUGCAGUAUUACUAAGAAUCAAUAAUUGACAGAAUUUCUGGUGCCAAGGUUUCCAUAGAUUUUAUUUUGCUUGUUUUUUUUUUAAAUAAACCUAUAAGGUUUCCACUGCUUGCCUCAUUCCACAUUGACAAUUGAAGUAAUGUAUUAAUCCUUUUACUGAUUGAUUAUAAGUACCCUGGAAAUUUGUGAUGUUAUCAAUGGCUUGUGGAAAAUUAUGAAAUGAUAGUUGUUUCAUUUUAAUUCAUCAGGGGGAAAAAAGAUAAUGCUUCAUGUUGGAUGUGUCCCCAUCAUUUUACUGAGUGUUUUAUAGUGGUCAUUUGAACAAGGAUAUGAUACCAUAACUAUAAAUAUGCACUCAACAUUAGGUAACAGUUAUUUUCUCUCCCAGAUUUAUUUUUAUUUGGCCUGAAUCAUGCUGACCCAAAGAAAUAUCUUUAGCGUUAUUUUUUUUAAAAAAAAAACAUGCCAUUCAGAGAGUCAAAAAGUACAGUUCUCUAGUACAGUAGUAAAAGUUGUAAAUCUCAUACACUUUGUUCACAGUCUGUGCAGAGUACAUAACUGACUGUGUUCUUAACUUUACAAAGAAUAGGCAUCAGAAGAUAAUAUUCUGGUAUCAGAAGACCAGUUGCUUAGCUAUAGUUUGAUGUAAUGGGUAUUCUAAAAUAAGCAAGGUUUUUUUAAGAGCAAACCAACCCCUAUGGUUUCCCGGGGAAAACUCAGCCAAAUUGGAAGCAAUAACUCACGGUGCCUCUCCCUGUUCUGCACAAAUGGCUUUAAAUUCCUUAAAGAGAUUUUGCAGAGCUAAAGCUACUGUUGAAUGUUGCUUGGCUCCUUCUAAAAUAACAAUUUCCUUCCCAAAGAAUUCUUUUGGAUUGCCAACAAUUAGGCAGAUAUUGGAACAAUUUACCAAUCCAAGAAUGCCUAAAUUGUAAUGUUCCAUAACUAUGAUGUCCACAGAGUUCUAUAGAAAUUUUUAUGUUAUGUUGAUAAUAUAGGCAUAGCCUUUAGAAACAACAGCAAAAAGAUUUAAUAGAUUUUUGCUAUUGGUACUCCAUUGUCAGGUUAUAUGGUUUUGUGCUUCUGGAAGGCUGCAACAAACCAAGUAACUUUCAAGAGAAAUGAAAUGAUGGCAAUCCAAACCAAGGUGAUAAAAUGGGUUUGAGGUUUUUGUCUUCUUUUGCAUAGAAAACUCAUAUUUAAGUCAGAGUGAGAUUAAUUUAAAUUUGUCCAACUUUUCAGAAGAAAAUGGUUGGCAUGCUUGAGGCUUCUAAAAUCAUGAAAAGAGGUGGGAAUAGAGGGACAGCCAGCAAAGCUCCAGAGAAACUGAACAGCAGCUUUGCACUAUAACUUAAGACCAAAUGACAGUAGCCAGUUUUCAUUACUGUAAAAUACCCUUUCCUCUUUUGGCCCAUGUAUAUCAUCACCAAUACUGCUUCAACCAAGCACUGACCCCACUGAUUGUGGUAGGGUGUUGCCACAUGUUAAAAUAAAUGAUACUCUGCAAUUGUAAAAUAUGUGACACAUUUCUCAGAUAGGAUAUUUAGAAAUAGGUAAUAAAAACCAAAAGAUACACAGCAAAAUUAAAAGAUACUAAUUUUCCUGCCAUUAUCCUCAAAGCAACAGCAAUAGAGUUGCAUGGUGCUGAAUUCUAUAGUUCUUUUUUUUUUCAUUAAAAAAACAAAUUAUAUUGUGAUAUGUAGCAUAAGACCACAAAGGGUCUGAUUUUUCCCUUUUGAGGACUAUAGAUAUGCAGUGUCUACAAGAGCAAUAUUUCCAAAAGCAAUCAACAACAGGAUUACAAUGGCUUCUACACAGUUUUCUUUAAACAUAUUAAAUAAUGUCAUUCCAUCAACAAAAACCUAAUCAGGUUUGCAAAUCCAUGAAAUCGGGCACAUCAUCAUUGCAUAUCCCAUCUAUAUUGCUGUAUGUGAAAAUGCUGUCAUUUCUGAGACAGUUCAUGUUUUCCCUUUUCCUUAAAAUGUAUGCAUCAUUUUUGCAACAAAGCAUAACAAUAAUAAAAAACAUGGCAGUAUCAGCUUCAUUCCCAUCAAAUAAUACAAGGGGACAUUUUUUAAGAUAGCACAAUUCAACAAAAAAUUACCAUCAUGAAGCCUCAUUGACCUUAAAACUAAUCACCGCUUGAAUCUUUGUUUGGCAUUAGUGAGGCUUUAGUUUUAAUGGAAUUAAGUUUAGAAUUAUUUACUUCACCUAGAUUUUUUUUACUAUCCCAGAAAGGUAGAAUAUUUUAUUAUUGAGAUAACUUACUAAAGUGAAAGAUUGCCAUCUAGCGCUUUAGAAAGUCUGAUAUGCUUAGUUUGGAAGAAUCCACCCAAUAGAAUCAGCUUCUCAAAAUGUGAUUGAUUAGCUCUGUGUUACAAAAGUGCUUUUUCAAAAGGCAAAUGGACUUUGUUUUUCUUUGAAACUGCCUUUUGAAAAAGCACCUUUGGGACAUCCAUGAUCUGAUGUCCCAAAUCUGAUGCCUGAGAAUCUCCACAGACAUUUAUGAUUUUUAAGUUUAUAUUAUAACUUUAAUACAAUAAAUAUAUAUGAAGCUAAAAACUAAAGCAUUCUAAAUUUUCAUCUUCUUUUCUAUAGUCCACUGUUACUCUCCAAUGGCAGAUGAUGUACUUUUUUUUUUUUUUACUUUCUCUAAAACAAAUGCUUAAAUAUUAAGAAUGAGCCAAAAAACAAACAAACAUUGGAUUCAUAUCUUGGGGUCUAUGAUUCUUUCCCUCUCUUAACCAAACUCUCUUCAUUUUUAUUUUCUUUCAUUUGAUUUUAUUACUUUCCCAGUUACAAUCUUUGAGCAGAAUUGGAGCUCCAGUUGCUUCAGCCAACAUGCUAAAAUGGGCAUGGGUUGUAAUUUAUACCCAGUCUCAAGAUUUUUUUGAUAUAGAAUAAGAAAUUUAGGGUUUGUAAAUACUCUGGGCAGCUCUGUCAAACAUUUAAAGCUAUGUUUCCUUUUUAAAAAUAAAUAAUACCUUUAUUUCAUUAUAAAACUUCAUUUUAGGGGUCUCGAUUGAGGCAGACUCCUAUAAUUUUAAUAAUAUAACUAACUUAUGUUAGUGUGCUUGCCUAUUUCCAUUCUAUAUUAAACUGAAAGGAUUCCUGUCCCCUUUUGUAUCAUUAUUCUCUCCCUUCCUUUGCAUUAUCAUUUUUUUCCUGUAUUAUUCAUUCACAAUUUGAAUUCAUAUUUAUGAGAAGCAGCUGCUUUUUCCCCUCAAGAUUCUAAACAUACUAAUUUCUAAACAUAUUUCCUUAAAAGACUAGUUGCUACUUUGUAAAUGUGUUUGGCUCCUAAAGCUAAGUUGUAGUUUUUUUAACAUACAUCAUCAAUAAUUUUGUCCUUUCCAUGCUUUUUGCUAGCUUUUGUUUCUUGAAAUCAUCAUCUUGGACAACAGCAAAACUGCAUGGAGAGGUUUUUUUUUAAAAAAAAAAAACUAUUGUUCUAAAUUGUUAACUAAUGUUAACUUUCAACAUGGCAAAAAAGCAAUUUUGUAUUUACUUAGUUUUAAUAUAUAUUUAAGAAAUACUUAAAAACAUGUUUAAGUCCUGCAAUUCAGAGAGAUGUUAAUAUUUAUCAUAGGCUUUGGACAGAUUUUUCUUUUAGAAUACCAAGGAUUUUUUGUAGAUUUUGUGCAGUUUGUUAAAACUUGGUUUAUUAAGUCAGUUUACAAUGAACAAGGAUAAAAGUGAUACAAAACCGAUUAAGGCAGCUACAGAUUUAACUGCUGUGUAAAAGAAGAACUUUCAGUUCAAUUUCCUUUUCAAUUUCCUAAAGGAGUACUGUAGUAGGUGACUUUUUGCACGAGGAUUCUUAAACUAAAUGUAUCUCUAAAGAUAUACAAGGGCUCAAAUGUUUCCUAAAUUCUUAUUCUCUUUGUAAAUUCAUUCUCCCAGUGAAUGUUGUGCCUAAUCUUUGGACUACAUGAAGAAGAUCCUCUUAUAUUAUCUAUAAAUCCUUGGAAUAUUAGAAAAGUAAGCAUACUAUGUCUGGGCUGCAGAAAUUCAGAGGACAAUUAGAUAGCAGUAAAGGCUGAAAUUUUCUGCUGCCAUCCAGAUGCUUGUAAUCUAAGAUGUUUGUAGCCUAAAUACAAUGUGUGUAAUUUUAAUGACCUACGGUUACAUCUGCUUGGAAAAAUCAAAAGGCAAUCGAAAUACAAAUCAACAGAAAAUCAGGUAGGCAGAUAUUGCCACUAACUCAAACCCAGCCCUACAGGAGCUCAAAGGAGAAAACGAAAUCCAUUAGGUCAUAAAUAGUUGGAACUAGCUCAGAAUCAACAACAGUCUCUCUACAUUUCAUAGAUAUCAUUCAGUUUGGUUUGGCAAUUCUUCUUGGCUUGGCAUGGCAAUGACAGAAAAUGUUUGUGUAGCCACUUCAUAGAUGGAAUUCAGUCACAAUUAUAUUGCUCUUCAAAAGAUAAAUGAUACCUUUUCUUUGAAUUUUCAAUAAUACCGGACAUGGGCUUUGAUUGGAGCAAUAUUGGAUCUUUCUGUGGAAUCAUAUUGUUAUGCUUUUGUUGAAUAAUUUGAUUACAUUUGUUCUUAAAUAUGUACAUGAAGAGGUUAGCAGGGGAAAAAAACUAAUGUUUUCCAAAGGGGUGGAGCUCCAAUCAGAACUUAAUGAAAAAAGAGAUUGAAUACUGAGCCCUGUCCCGAAGGUUGACCCAAUUAGUAUACAUGAAAUUGAUUGUGGAAGCAAAACACUAAUAUCAUAAUCUUGCUAGUUUAUUUGGAUAUUAUGAUGUUAUGUUAAAGAAUGUUUCCUUACAAGUUUUAAAUUUUUAAUAAGUCAUUAUUGUUUCUCUGCUUAUUUAGCAUAUAAAUGGACAUGAUUAAACAAGUAAUACUGAGCUAUGAGCAUCAAAAAGCAUCUCAUUUUUACCAAUUACACACUUCAGAAAUUGUUAAAAUGGAAAAGAACAGCAAUCUCUUCUAAUUUGUUUCCAUGAUUGAUUCUGAAUUAUCCUGCUUAUCAGUAUUCAGUAAAUUUCUCUAUAUAGGAUGCCAUAAGUACAUAUUCUUUACUGUUCUACAUCUUCCUAUUAUUAAGUUAAUAAAGUAUUUUAUGCUUUGAAA